AUGGAGAACGUCGCCCAUAUCCCUCUGUUCUUCAACCCACUAGACUCUUGUGUUGGGUCUGCGCUCUGCAGUACUUUGCUUUUGAAGGAUAGUCCAGAAGCUGCAGAACAAGAGGAGCUCCUGCGGCUCCGAGAGGAGGCAGAGGAGCGCCGACGGGAACUGGAGGCCGUAGAAGUUUCAAUUGAGGAUGACGGAGGUGGAUAA